AUGUCCGCCUUCAUGCUUAUCAUAGGGCUCAAAUACAACUACCUCAAGGAUCAUGGCAACAUAUUCGCGGCUUUGUAUGGUUUAACAUUUUUCUUUGCAAAUUUUGGGCCUAAUAGCACCACCUUUGUGCUUUCGGCCAAGUUGUUCCCAACCAGGUUAAGGUCGACAUGCCAUGCUAUAAGCGCAGUUGCCGGGAAGGCUGGUGCAAUGGUUGGCGCAUUUGGGGUGGCAAACUAUACAUUAGAUGGUGACACAAAAGAUAUUAGGAAGGCCAUAAUGUUUUUGGCUGUGACCAACAUGUUGGGCUUUCUUUGCACAUUCAUAGUGAGUGAGACAAAGGGGAGGUCUUUGGACGAUGUAUCGGGUGAGGAUGCAGGCAGCAACGACACACAGAGCUCUGCUAGACAAUUACCAGUUGCGAAUCGAACUGCAAGAACUUAUGGGGAGGCUAUGUGA